UGCCACUGAAUAUUUUGUGAGCACGCAGUUUGGUGUCAUGGCGUCCUCCUGUUCUCAAGCUCUCGGGCAUCAUGUGUUUAAGAGAAGCAGAAUAUUGCAAAUUCAUCUGCAGAAGUCAUGGCCAAACAGGAGUUUUGCUCUGAAUUCUGCAGCAGAUCAACAACUUGCCGUUUCUUCUCCAGAAGAAAUAGUCAUUCCAAAGAAGAAAACAUGGAGCAAAGAGGCUGUUUUACAGGCACUGGCAUCCACUGUGAAAAGGGAUCCUACAGCCUCAGAUUACAGAUUCCAGGAUGAUCCAUACCUCACGCCAAAAACAUCGUCAGAGUUUAAACUGUUUUCCUUGUCCCAGGAGUCGGGAAGAAACGCUGCCAAAUAUUUCAUCAAUACAUACCCGAAAUACUUCCAGAAGGACUACGCUCAGCCUCAUAUCCCUUGUCUGAUGCCGGACUCUCUCGAGGCUCAGAUCGAGGAGGAGUCUGAAGCUGCGCUCGUAGAGAGAGUUCGGAUGAGGAAGGUCAGAGCCGCUGUGGAUCUGUUCGACCAGCUGCAGCAGGCCGGUACACCGGUGUCAUUGGAUGUGACCAAUCAGUUGUUAGAUCUGAUUUGUUUGUAUGGAGAUCAUGAUCCCACACAAGAGAACGUCCCGGAACAGAGGAUUGAGGAGACGGAGGAUGUUCAGGAUGAACCGCAGGCUAAGAAAGGAAGAGGAGCUAAAGCUAGCGAUCUACUGAAGGCUAGCUGGAAAGAGAACAAUAAUGCAGAGAGGAUCUUUGCGCUGCUGUCGGAGCCGAACGCACAUUCGUACAGCGCUGUGAUACGAGGCAUGGUGAAGUACGGAGCUCAUUCUAAAGCGUUCAGCUUCUACACCGACCUGCUCAACAGCCGACUGAAAGCCGACGUGCACACGUUCAACGCCCUGAUCACAGCCGCCCCGGAAGUCAAAGAGAAAUACAAUGAGAAAUGGGAGCUGAUCGUGGAUCUUCUGAAGCAGAUGGCGGAGCAGAAGGUCAAGCCGAACCUCCUGACGCUGAACGCCGUCCUGAAGGCUUUGAGACGCUGUGGCACUGUGGGCCGAUCGCAGGCCUUCCCCGUGAUCAGUGAGAUGAAGUCUCUCUCCAUCGAUCCCAGUCUGGCCUCUUACACUCACUUGCUCGCCAUAUUUUAUAAACCAGGUGCCCCAGUUCAAGGCCAAACUGAUGUUCUACAGGAAGUGAUGAACGAGGUGUCAGGAAAGAGCUUCUCUCCACAGGACCCUGAUGAUGCACUGUUCUUCAUUACUGCUAUGAGGAUCUGUCUUGACACUAAAGACAUGGAGCAGGCGUACAGGGUCCACGAGCUGCUGGGGGUUGGAGAGAACUGGAGACUUCUGGGAAAAGAUUUCCAACAGAACAUUUACUAUGCGCGGUUCUUCAGUCUGCUCUGUAUGAUGGAGAACAUCGAUGUGAUGCUGAAGUGGUACAGAGAUCUUGUUCCUUCAGUGUACUACCCCAGUUCCAACGUCAUGAGAGACCUGCUCCAAGCGCUGGACACAGACAACCGAUUAGACCUCAUCCCACUAAUAUGGAAAGAUAUCAAGCAGUUGGGGCAUGCCAACAGGCAGAAUCUAGUGGAAGAGCUGCUGACACUUAUGGCAAGAGAGAAGCACAAUCAGGAGGUGCAGGAGUCGUUCGCUGAGUGUGCACUGGACAUCAAGAAAAUAUACGACACUGGUGACCGGGGCAAAGUUUUGCUGAACUGGACGGCUGGUUCUCUCAAUGACCUCAUCUCUGUGUUACUGGCCGCUCACAGGACACGGGACGCCUGGGAAAUGCUCAAACUCUUCAAAACACACAACAGAGUUCCCAGUGAGGAGCUGUUGAACAAGUUCUUGGUGUGUGUAAAGGAGGCUGGGGAAGUGAAUCAGGCGGUGGAGCUGGUGCAGAUCUCCGCCGGCUUCUGUUUGCCCGGGACCCCCAAACUCAUCCAGAGGGUCCUGCAGGAGUUUGAGCUCACAGAGCAGCAGAGGAACAUGUUGUCUGAUCUGGAGAUUCAGUCGUUUAACAGCGAUUAAAUCUCGCGCUGAGGGACGUUCUGCAGAGUGGAUGGAUCAUAACAGCUAAAUAUCUGGAGAAAUCUCAGUGUGUUCAUUUUCAAUGUCAUUAAUAAUCGUGUACUUGUCUACAUUCAGAUGGAAAGUAAAAGUACUGUAAGAAAAGAAAGUUUUCUCCCAUUUCCUUGUGGAUUCUGGACUGGUUUUUCAGGACAGUUUCACCAUUUCUGCCGUUGUCUACAAAAUUACAACUGUUGCUAUUAAAGCAUUUAGUGAGACUCGGUCUGAGUACAAUAA